AUGUUGCAUGAAGCAAAGGACAGACAGAAGUUCCUUAGUGAUGUUCAGUAUCUGCGGGACAUGCAACAUAAGGUAGAGUCCGAAUACCAGGCUUGUCUGAGACGACAGGAAUACAGAAGAGACACAAGUGAGAAGAAACGAGAUCAAUUUGCCGGCCAAGAGACAAAUUCUGAGAGAUCCUGGUUUUCAAACGGGUCAUCUAUCAGACAGAGUUCUGGUGAGGAGGAUCCUCCAGCUGAACCAAGAUUACCUACCAAGAAUUCUGCAAUGAAGUGUGACUCCAAACUUCCAGCGAUUGACCAAACAUCCGUCAAGCAGAAACAUAAAAGUACCAUGACUACAAGCAAACCAGAGAAAGUGGGCCCCAGCAAACCCUCUCCAGCAGCCCAGCCACCACAGAUUUUAUCACGGAAAAGGAGGCCAAACCUGGGGAGAUUGACGGUCAGCCCAGAGAUGCAGAACCCAAGAGCGGCUGGGGACCGAAGCAGACAGAAGCCACGGCCGCCAGCCAAGGCGCCGGCCCUCUGGGGAGCAGAUCCAGUUCAACGAGAAGGCCCCAUGUGGGCAAGUGACACUAGGGUGAAGAGGCCAACUCGAGAGAGAAGAAACCUAGCCCCAUCCUCACAGCCAGGGGCAGUGACUGAGACUACCCCCGAGAGAGCCAGAAAAGGAGACCCUCGUGCUCUUUCCCACAGUGAGCCGCAUCCAGCCCUGUCCCCGUCCUUCCCAGGAACAGACUGUUCUCAAGUGUGGAGCGAGUCCUUGGGACCGCCGCUCUUAACCGCCACCAUGGGAGGGUCAAGAAGGUCGCCAUUUAGGUUCAGAGAUGAAGAUUUUUAUUCUAUUUUAUCAUUAAGCCAUGGAGGAGGAGAUGAGGACACUGAAGAGGAAACCCACAAGGAGGAAGAACUCUUGUUGGUCGGUAUGCACCCACCCCGUUCUCCUUAUAAGAGAAGUCAAUUUCUUGGAACACCAGCCACUCAGGCCAAAAAUAAAAAUUUUGAAGAAAAUCCUGAAAAUUGCAGGGCUAAUUCUGUAAGAAGGAGUGAGUCCAGCCAUGGCUUACUAAGAAUAGGCAAAGCAAAGGAGCCAGUGACAGAGCAGCCUUCUGUUGGGCAAAGGCUGUUCCAAGACCCUCGGCUGCCUGAUGGCGGGUCUGCUGAAGAGAAUGACAGCGGAGGUGGUGGAAAUGAGAAAAAGACCUUUUGUUCACAGGACACCAAAUUCAAACCUAAUCUAGAAGAUAAUCUCCAUGCUGAAAAUGUGUUUAGUGAUUGUACUUCUAGGGAAGGGAGGCUCGGUGCCCAUGAUUACGAAAGACAAUGGCAAACCUGUUUCAACAAUUCUAGUGCUUCUCUUGGUUGCUUUAUUUCAGAUAGACCAACAGCGUCAAGAUCACCAAUGAAUUCAUCUAAUAACACUCCUGGACCAUUCAUCCAUUCUGCCCCAAGAGAAGACAUUCCAGUAGACUUGUCAAUGACACCUACUUUCAUUCACAGUUCAGACUCAGAGGGCAACUCAAGGUUUAAUGUUCAUCGACCACUGUCUCCAAUUAGAAAUAGGAAUCCACCCGUCAGUGCUGAAGAAAACCAGAGUUACUUUCCAGUAAACAGCACACAUGAAUUUGAUGUCAGGGGAGCAGAAGCUAUUCCUUUAACAAGCCCAUCUCAGGGGACUCCAUUGUGUCCAGAAGAUCUCUUACUAAAUUCUCAAAGCAGCUUGUCAUUGGUGGAGUCUUCCAGCUCCUCUCCAUCAAGAUUGAACUCACAAGGCCACUUGCAUGUGACUGGGUCCCUGCAAGAAAACAUACCUUUUACUUUCUUUGCAGUGUCUGAUUUCCCAAGUCAAAAUGGCAAUGGGGAAAGAAUGGCAGUCUCUGGUUUCACAGAUGAAGCAGUAGCCACUAAAACAAAGGCAGACCCUGAGAAACUCAAGAAAUUGCAAGAAAGUCUCCUGGAGGAGGACUCCGAGGAGGAGGGAGACUUGUGUCGCAUCUGUCAGAUAGCCGGGGGUUCCCCUACCAACCCCCUCCUGGAGCCUUGCGGCUGCGUGGGAAGCCUGCAAUUUGUUCAUCAAGAGUGCCUGAUAAAGUGGCUGAAAGUGAAAAUAACAUCAGGAGCGGAUCUAGUUGCUGUGAAGACCUGUGAGAUGUGCAAGCAAGACCUGCUGGUCGAGCUGGAUGAUUUUAACAUGACCGAGUUCUACCAGAAGCACCAGCAGUCCCGGGUGCAAAAUGAGCUGAUGAAUUCAGGCUUGUAUCUGGUGCUGCUGCUUCACCUCUAUGAGCAGAGGUUUGCAGAACUCAUGAGACUCAACUACAGCCGGGUUGCACGCCAGAGGUUGUCAAGAAAUUUCCCACAAUCCAGACCAGAAGAAAACGAAAAUUCCGAGUUGGGAGAUGGAAAUGAAAACAGCAUUUAUGAAAGCAACAGCCGGGUCUAG